AUGCUCCGCGUCAAGAGCAAGAGGGUCACGUCCUCGGCGUCGUCGUCGAACCUCAAUGCGCACGGCUCGAGCGGGUCGCUGACGGAGGAGGACCGGUCGGCGAAGGUCCUCGUGCUCCUCACGGGCGGCACGAUGGCCAUGAAGCCGAACGCGCACGGCUCGCUCGAGCCCUGCGCGGGCUACCUCGCCGUGCAGAUGCGGCUCAUGCCCGAGCUGCGCGAGCGGCGCAUGCCGGCCUACGAGGUCGUCGAGUACGCGCCCUUGCUCGACAGCGGCGACUUCGUGCCCGGCGACUGGAAGCGCAUCGCGACGGACAUCGCCGACGCGCACGAGCGCUACGACGGCUUCGUGGUCAUCAUGGGCACGGACACGAUGGCCUACACGUCGUCGGCGCUGUCGUUCAUGCUCGAGGGGCUGCGGAAGCCCGUCGUGCUGACGGGGUCGAUGGUGCCCUUCGCGGAGGCCUACAGCGACGCGCGGCGCAACCUGGUCAUGGCCAUGAUCUUCGCGGCGAGCGGCGGCCAGGUGCCCGAGGUCUGCAUCUUCUUCGGCGAGAAGCUGCUCCGGGGCAACCGCGCGACGAAGGUCGACGCGCUGUCGCUCGGCGCCUACGGAUCGCCGAACUUCCCGCCCCUCGCGACGGUCGGCGUCGCGCUGAACUCGCGCUACGACCUCGCGCUGCGGCGGGGGCCGGGCGAGGCGGCGACGUGCCGCGCGUUCACGGACAUGGAGACGAAGAUCCUCGUCUUCCGCAUGAUCCCGGGCUUCGACGACGCCGCGCUGCACCGCUGCCUCGAGAGCCGCGAGCUCAAGGCCGUCGUCCUCGAGCUCUACGGCACGGGCACGGCGCCCGCGCGGCGCGUCGGCUUUAUCGCGGCGCUCCGCGUCGCCGCGCGGAACGGCGUCCUCGUCGUCGCGACGACGCAGUGCCUCCGCGGCGGCGUCGUGCUCUCGACCUACGAGGUCGGCCGCCAGCUCGAGGAGGUCGGCGUCGUCGCCGCGGGCGACAUGACCACCGAGGCCGUGGCCACGAAGCUCGCCUACCUCUUCGGGCGCUACGGCGGCGACGCGGACAAGGUCCGGAGCCUCGUCGGCGUGAGCCUCCGCGGCGAGCUCAGCCACGUCGACACGUACCUCCGGCCCUUCUGGGAGAAGACGAAGCUCCUGGCCAAGGACAAUUCGCGCACCGUCCUCCUCGCGCCGCCGCCGCACGCGCGCGCGCGGAGCGACUCGAACGCGGAGCUCGCCGUCGUUCCGAAGACGCCGCCGCCGCCGCCGCCGCCGCCGCCGCCGUCGCGGGCCGCGGACCUCGCCGCGGGCCUGGGCCUGGGCCUCGCCUGCGCGCUGGUCCUCGCGCGCGUCCGCGCCUAA